GCAGUCAGAUUUAACCUAUUUGGAUGAAUUUUGAAUUACUUACCGUAGAAAAAUAUGCAGCUUCUGCGUUUGCAGCCUUAUCGUUAUUUCAUGAUCAUGUUGCAGUACACAGUAUACCAUGACCGGCGUGGCUUUCAUGUACUUAGAUAUAAUAUUUCUUUAACGAUGCAUAUGCCUCUUGGAAUUUCAUUUUGCAGUGUUUCUUCCUUCGCGGUGUUUCCUGACUUCCGGCUGAACGCGUUACCAGGAUUACGGCGCUUGCACUGCCACAAGACAUGCCGGCUGCCACCUUUCGUUGAAUUACUUGCUAUUUCUAUUCACUCAGCACUUUCGCAGCCAGUUGUACAAGUUGUACCUAUCGCACUACACAUACAGAUUUUUUAUUGAUCGGUUCUUAGUUGCGGACGAUGAUGCAGCAAACAGCUGCACAUGCUUCUAACAUUCCUUAAAACUUCAGUGCUGGGAUUUCAGUCCGCUGGGAAGUUCUUGAUUCGCCACGAACAGCCUGUAUUUGCUAUCUAAAAAAAUGUCGUCUACCGGUUUUCACAACUGGAUCACAGCUGAUGGAUCAAGCGGAUUUCCAGCAGCAGCCAACCGCUACCACCUUUAUGUCUCCUAUGCUUGUCCAUUUGCGCAUCGGACAAUUAUCGGAAGAAGCCUAAAAGGUCUGGAGGAUGCCAUUUCUAUGUCAGUUGUUGACUGGGCGCUGGAUCGCAGCACAGGAUGGGCCUUUAAUCCUGACCGACCUGGAGCAACAUCUGAUGAAGUAAAUCACAAGUCUUUGUUGCGAGAAAUUUAUGAAAUGGCUAGUCCGGGUUACAGUGGAAGAAUCACUGUGCCGGUAUUGUGGGAUAAACAAAAAAAAACCAUCGUUAACAACGAAAGCGCUGACAUUCUCCGAAUGUUCCUCACCCAAUUUGACAUUACGUACUGCAACAAUUCUGCCCAGAAAGAACUCAACCUCUACCCAAGCAAUCUCCAGAAAGAGAUUGAGGCAAUUAACGAAUGGGUGUUUGAACAUAUUAAUAUUGGUGUUUACAAGUGCGCGUUCGCCAAAACCCAAGAGGAAUACGAUGUACCGGUAAAAAAAUUAUUCCAGCAUCUCGACAAGGCAGAAGACAUCUUAGCCAAGCAGCGCUUUUUGACCGGAAGUCGGAUGACAGAAGCCGAUAUCAGGCUGUUCACUACCUUAUUGCGCUUUGACCGUGUCUACUACAUCUUGUUUAAGUGUGCCAAGAAGCAAAUAGCAAAUUAUCCUAAUUUAUGGGGAUGGUUACGAGACAUGUACCAGGUGCGCGACAUAAGGAAGACCGUCAAUAUGGAACACAUUCGCAAUCAUUAUUAUACAUCGUUCCAGCAACUAAACCCCAGCAAUAUUGUUCCCAUUGAUGCCAACAUUGAUUUGGAUCAAUCGCAUGGAAGGGAAGCGGUGGGAAAGUAAAAUGAGCAAGAAUUUAUGUUGCGCAGACAAUAACCAAACCUUUUUCAUUAAUCCAAAAUUUACAAAUAAUUGGCUCUAGUUAUUUCGUUUGGAGCGCUAUUGCGUAUGAGCACUUUUCCUGGACAUUAAUGCAACGUUAUUGAUGUUACUGUACUAGUACAAGUAUCACUAAAUGCUGUACCAGUUUUGGCGCUCAAAUUUAUUUAAAAUCUUGAAUGACCUGGAGGAGCAGGAGCUUGUAUGGUUUUCAAUGUAUUUGCACUUUUAACGUUAACGAACGAUUUCACCUUUGAGAUUAUCUAUCAUGUAGGAGUGAGUAGGUUUUUCAUGUUCUUCGUUUAGCAUUUGCAUAUAUGUAUAUCUAUAUUGAGAUCGCAUGGCUAAUAAAUAUCAUGUACAAUUUAUUGAACAAGAAAGAUAUACAUGAAAGUAGAGCCAGGCAGUCAUACUUCAACAGCG